GAAAGUGGAGUUUGCGCGUCUUGUGCGUCCGUGGACCAAGCAGCCGUGCGCUUUCCUCCUCCAAACCCGCAGGCAUCCCGGGGAGCAGAGCCCGCUUUUCCGCGCCGUGCAUGCCUCGGAGAGAAGGAGGAGGGGGAUCCUGCAGGUUUUUUGUUUUGAGUGAUUGAGACAUACAUAAAUAUUUUUUUUUAUUUCCCUAAUGGUAACCAACACUUCCCAGCCGGAGCCAUGUGGAAUUGUAUGGGGAAAUCGCACCGCUUUUCACUAGUGUGUCUUCUGCUGGCGCUGUGGGCUGAGGUGUGCCAGUCCACCGGGUAUUUCGAGCUGCAGCUGAUUUCCGUGGAGAACCCGAAAGGUGAGCUGCUGAGCGGCGACUGCUGCGACGGGGAGCGGAGCGCAGCGGACGGCCGCUGCAGCGAGGACGAGUGCGACACCUACUUCCGAGCGUGUUUAAAGGAAUACCAAGCGGAGGUCACGACCAACGGACCGUGCACCUACGGCAUGGGAACUACUGACGUUAUCGGUGGGAAUACUUUUCAGUUCAAGAGCGGCCAGAAAACCGGACAGAGCCGAAACAGUGACGCCGGAAAGAUUGCCAUCCGCUUCGACUACGCCUGGCCGCGGUCGUACACUCUGAUAGUGGAGGCGUGGGACCGGGACAACGGCACACACAACACCAACGAUGAGGAGCUGCUGAUCGAGCGCGACAUCCGCAAAGGCAUGAUCAACCCCGGCGAGGAGAAGCAGGUCGUGCAGCACAAGAGCUCGACGGCCACCAUCGAGUACAGCAUCCGCGUGCGCUGCGCCGAGCACUACUACGGCAGCAAGUGCAACAAGGUGUGCCGGCCGCGCGACGACUACUUCGGACACUACGUGUGCGACCAGUUCGGGAACCGAGGCUGCAUGGAGGGCUGGACGGGCCCCGACUGCAAAACCGCCAUCUGCAAGCAAGGAUGCAGCGUCGCUCACGGAACAUGCCGCGUGCCGGGGGAAUGCAAGUGCAACUACGGCUGGCAGGGCCCGUUCUGUGACGAGUGCGUGCCCUACCCGGGGUGCGUUCACGGGACCUGCAACGAGCCCUGGCAGUGCAAGUGUGAGAAGAACUGGGGCGGCCUGCUCUGCGAUAAAGAUCUGAACUACUGCGGGACCAACCGGCCGUGUAAGAACGGAGGGACGUGCAUGAACACGGAGCCCGACGAGUACAACUGUGCCUGCCCGGACGGUUACUCUGGCAAGAACUGCGAGAUCGCUGAGCACGCCUGCGUGUCCAACCCCUGCGCCAACGGGGGGACGUGCCACGAGGUCCCGUCCGGGUUCGAGUGUCACUGUCCCGCAGGCUGGUCGGGGCCGACCUGCGCUAAAGACACGGACGAGUGCGCGUCCAGCCCCUGCGCUCAGGGCGGCACCUGCAUCGACAAGGAGAACGGCUUCGAGUGCCUGUGCCCCGCCCAGUGGACGGGCAAGACCUGCCAGAUAGACGUUAAUGAGUGUCUGGGGAAGCCUUGCUUCAAUGCUUACUCUUGCAAAAACUUGAUUGGUGGAUAUCUCUGUACCUGUUUUCGUGGAUGGGCGGGCCAGAAGUGUGACAUCAAUCUCAACAGCUGCCACGGACAGUGUCAGAACGGAGGAACGUGCAAGCAGCAGGUUCCCAGAGGCUACCAGUGUGUGUGCCAGCCGGGCUUCGUGGGCCGUCACUGCGAGGUCCAGAGGAACCGCUGUGCCAGCAGCCCCUGCAGGAACGGCGGGCGCUGCCACACCCUGCUGGACGGCUUCAUGUGCGAAUGUCCGCAGGGUUUCUCCGGCACAACCUGCGAGGUGCAGAAUAACCCGUGCAGCCCCAACCCGUGCCAGAACAAGGCCCAGUGCCACAGUCUGCCGGGCGACUUCUUCUGCGCCUGUCCGGACGACUACGAGGGCAAAACCUGCUCCGAGCUCAAGGAUCACUGCAAGACCAACCAGUGUCAAGUGAUUGACAGCUGCACCAUCGCCGUGGCAACCAACGACACGCAGAAAGGGGUGUGGCACAUCUCGUCCAACGUGUGCGGCCCCCACGGCCGCUGCAUCAGCCUGCCUGCCGGGAACUUCAGCUGCUCCUGUGAGCCGGGAUUCACUGGCACCUACUGCCACGAGAACAUUAAUGACUGUGUGUCAUCUCCAUGUAAGAGCGGAGGCACUUGCAUCGACGGCAUCAACUCCUUCCAGUGUUUCUGCCCAGACGGCUGGGAGGGCAGCCUGUGUGAUGUCGACGUGAACGAGUGCAGCAGGAACCCGUGUCAGAACGGCGGCCACUGCGUCGACCUCCUCAACGACUUCUACUGCCACUGCAUCGACAGCUGGAAGGGCAAGACCUGCCACUCACGUGAGAGCCAGUGCGACUCCACGACCUGCAGUAACGGCGGGACGUGUUACGACCACGGGGACUCCUUCCUGUGCAGCUGCCCCUCGGGCUGGGGCGGCAGCACCUGCAACACAGCCAAGAACAGCACGUGUGACUCAGGGCCGUGCGAGAACGGGGGCACUUGCGUCGGAGGAGGAGACGCCUUCACCUGCAUCUGCAAGGACGGCUGGGAGGGGCCCACCUGCGCUCAGAAUGCCAACGACUGCAAUCCACAUCCCUGCUACAACGGCGGGAUCUGCGUCGACGGCGUGAACUGGUUCCGCUGCGAAUGCGCCCCGGGAUUCGCCGGACCGGACUGCCGCAUCAACAUAGACGAGUGCCAGUCCUCCCCCUGUACGUACGGUUCCACCUGCGUGGACGAAAUCAACGGCUACCGCUGCGUCUGUCCUCCGGGGAAGGCCGGCCCUCGCUGCGAGGAGUUCAUCGGAGUCGGGAAGGCCUGUCGUCACGCCGGCCUGCAGUUUCCUCACGGCAGCCGCUGGGACGAGGAGUGCAACUCCUGCAAGUGUGUCAACGGCCACGUCAGCUGUACCAAGGUGCGGUGCGGUCGCAGGCCCUGCCUCCUCCCGAAGGCCCUCCCAGCUCCGGGCGGCAGCAGCAGCAGCAGCAGCAGCGCCCCGUCCUGCCCCGGAGGUCACGAGUGUGUGGAGCACCAGUUCCUCACCUGCUUCUCGCCGCCCUGCCACCAGUGGGGUGUGUGUUCGACGCCCGACCCGCCGACGCCCCUGCACACCCAGUGCGAGCCCAACAGCGGCUACCUGGACAACAGCUGCGCCCGCAUCACGCUCAUCUUCAAACGGGACAAAGUGCCACAGGGCACCACCGUGGAGAACAUCUGCUCGGAGCUGAGGUACCUCCCCGUGACUCAGACGCUGGCCCGAGAGCGAGCGCUCCUCAUCCUCUGCGACCUGUCGUACUCCAACAGCGACGCCGUGGAGGUCGCCAUGUCCUUUGAGCAGGACGGCCGGGCGAAGGACGGCGACCGUGGGCAGAUCCAGGAGGCGGCCAGCGCCAUCAUCGGCGCUCUGUCCAAACGCCACAACAGCACGGUGAUGCUGGCCGUGGUGGAGGUGAAGGUGGAGACGCAGGUCGAGGCCCCGCCUGUCGACUACCUGGUCCCGGUGCUGUGCGUGGUCUUCAGCCUGCUCUGGAUCUUCUGCAUCGUCGUGUGCGUCUGGUGGACCCGCAAGAGGAAGAAAGAGCGCGAGAGAACGGCCCGCCCCGCCGCCGCCGACGACGAGAAGGUCAACAACCGGCUGGAGCCGCCGCGGAGCCGCGCCCGCAAGGACAACCGCGACAAAGACAUUCAGUACGAAUGCAAGAAACUGAUGGGCUCGUCGGAGCGGGCGUGCGACGGCGCCGAGGGCGAGGAGGACGGGGAGCAGGAGGGCGACGAGGAAGAGGAGGACAGGGGGCUGGGCUUCGCCGAGUAUCCCGCCCAGAAGUGCUCCAAAGCGGGGGCGCAGGACCGAGGGAUGAUGGGUAAGGGAGGGGUGAUCUGCACGAGCCGCAGCGGCCCGGUCAAGGCCCCGCACCGGACAGCGUACAGCCCCAAAGACAACCGGUGUAAAAACCUCAACGCCGCCAAGCUCAGCGAGGACAUCAAUGACCAUUACGUAUGAAAACGGCGCUCGGACGGAGAGAGCGAGCGAGAAAGAGAGAGAGAGAGAGAGAGAGAGAAACUGCGAUGUCUUCAAUGUCAUUGAAUUCUCAACUUUUCAAAAGCACCAAAAGUGAAGAUUUCAGAUGCUUUAAUUUUC